ACGAUCACCCAUUAUUACCUAUGAUAUUCAGUGUUAUUACCGCACCCCACCCAUCGCUAGAUCCAGUGAUUAGUGUACGUACUGUGUGUUAUGUGACGGAAACGAUGAUUGGCUAUGUGUUGUGUGAACAUAAGUCGGUAAUUGUUUCUCAUUGAGCUUCGAGAUGACAAUUCUUUGAGCACAACUUCAUGCAUUUCUUAAUUGUUUAUGUCUUUAGAAGAAAACAAGUAUUCAAGUGUUAUUUUCGAAGCUGGGUUCCUUGGGAACUGUAGGUCAACAUGGCGUGUUGCCUCAGCGAAGAGGCGAAAGAGCAAAAAAGGAUCAAUCAAGAGAUCGAAAGGCAACUACGGAAAGACAAACGAGAUGCCCGAAGAGAACUAAAAUUAUUGCUCUUAGGAACGGGGGAAUCUGGUAAAAGUACAUUUAUUAAACAGAUGCGCAUCAUCCAUGGCUCUGGCUAUUCUGAUGAAGACAAGAAAGGAUUCAUCAAACUGGUAUAUCAAAAUGUUUUUAUGGCCAUGCAAAGCAUGAUCAAAGCUAUGGAUAUGCUGAAAAUACCAUACAAAGAUCCAGUCAAUGUGGACAAUGCUGAGCUUGUCCGAUUAGUGGAUUAUGAGACUGUCACUACUUUUGAAGCUCCAUACAUCUUAGCCAUCAAAUCUUUAUGGGCUGAUUCUGGUAUCCAGGAGUGCUAUGAUCGCAGGAGAGAAUACCAACUCACAGAUUCUGCUAAAUACUAUCUGUCUGAUCUGGAUCGAUUGUCUAGUCCUAAUUAUUUGCCAACACAACAAGACAUUCUUCGAGUCCGAGUUCCAACUACUGGCAUCAUAGAGUAUCCUUUUGAUCUGGACUCAAUAAUAUUUAGAAUGGUUGAUGUUGGAGGACAGAGGUCUGAAAGACGAAAAUGGAUUCAUUGUUUUGAAAAUGUUACGUCUAUAAUCUUCCUAGUUGCGUUAAGUGAAUAUGACCAAAUUCUGUUCGAGUCUGAUAAUGAGAAUCGAAUGGAAGAAAGUAAAGCUCUGUUUAAAACGAUUAUCACAUAUCCAUGGUUCCAGAAUUCUUCAGUUAUAUUAUUUCUUAAUAAGAAAGAUUUACUAGAAGAGAAGAUCAUGUAUUCACAUUUAGUAGACUAUUUCCCUGAAUAUGAUGGACCAAAGAAAGAUGCAAUUCAUGCCAGAGAAUUUAUCCUAAAAAUGUUUGUUGAUUUAAAUCCUGACAGUGAGAAAAUAAUUUAUUCACACUUUACAUGUGCUACAGACACUGAAAAUAUUAGGUUUGUGUUCGCUGCUGUGAAAGACACCAUCCUGCAGCUCAACUUGAAGGAGUACAAUCUGGUGUAAACCUCCAUCUCAGUUUGUCAUCCCAGUGGCUUAAACUCUUGCUGCCUGCAAGCAGAGGACUCCUCAAAUUUCCUUUUUCUCCUUUUUUUAUUCAAGAAAAAGAGAAAAACAAACAAACAUCAACCACUCACUUCUGUGUCAUUGGUGCAGUAUGUUGCACAUGCACUUGUAUAACUUCAGUUAAAUUUUUUUUUUCACACUGCACAGUAUUUUCUAUCUCGGAAACGAUGGGCCAUCACAGAAUUUAAAAAAAGUGAUGGCUGCUGUUUGAAAGGGGAAAAAAAUGGAAACAUGCAUCAUUGUUAGCAUUAACUUUUUAACAGUCAUUGAGUGUACAUUUUUUCACAUCUUUGUGCUUUACAUUGCAAACAAAUAAUAAAUAAAUAAAGAGUCUUGCGAAUUGUGAAUGCAUUUGGCACACCGAAUGGUGCCAAAUUUAAAUUUGGUCUAGUUUACAUGCUCUAGUGAGUGCUAACUGAUAGAUGUGUUUGUUUAUAUAUGUAUAUUUGGAAGUGUUAUGAAAUUACUGUAAUUAAAAGGGUAUUGUGUCAGAGUGCCACAGACUGUCAAUGGCACUUGGAUUUUGUAUGGGAGAUAGUCAUGUGUGGAUGGAAGUCUAUAUGCACAUGUACAUAUGUUAAUGAUGUGCAAGCCAAAGAACUGUGUGGAAGAAAGUUGUUGGUGAUUUUUCCUUUGAAGCCUUGCUUGAAAAUUUUCUUCUUUAAGCCAGUUUCUGAAGCUUGGUGGAGAGACCAAUUGGUCUCUGGUGUUGGCCAUCCUUUUUUUUUUUUUUUCUUUUAAAUUUACUGCUUUUUGAGCUUUUUUUUUUUUUUU